CAGAUGGAAAAAGAUUUAGACAGCGAGGAAGACUCAAUAAAUGUCCUUCUACAGAUUCUUCAAGACACGAUUACCUUCUGCGAAAAGAAGCAAAGAUACAAACGAAGGAAAUUCAAUGUAUUAUUACAAAAAGGCUGGUGAUAUCAGGUGACAUUCCUGCCGUCGUGAACAAAAACAUCAAAGAAUUUCGAAGGAACGUUGCAGAAUUUUCAGGAAGGCAGAUAUAUAAGAAGUACCAGGAAGAACUGAGCAGGUCGGUGUCAUCAACUGCACGUGUUGCAAGAAGAAUUCCUAACUACGUUGAGGAAUGCUUUAAAAUAUGCUGGCUUAUGACAGUAAAUGACCCUCCUGUUGUAUUUGGUCCUAAUAUUUCUGUAGGGGAGACGUUUAAUACAGACAUGUAUACGGCGUAUACAAAGAGCGGCAAUAAAGUUGAGUUCGUUGUAUGGCCAGCAUUAUUGUUACACGCAAAUGGACCAGUCCUUUGUAAAGGUGUAGCUCAAGGGUUGAGUGACGUACGACGUCCAAAGUCUGCUCCAUCUCCAGUCAGUCAUCAGCAGAAGCAAGAUUCAUACUCGGAAACAACUGUCGCGACCAAGAAAUCGACGUAUAAUGUACCAUCUAGACAUGACAUAGAAAUGUUCAUGGAAUGGAGGGAAAUAUUUGGGAAAGAACGUGCAAGGGAUUACAUUGGUGGCGAGAAAUAUGACAACAUUCGCUUGCACUGCAUGCAUAAUCGCUUGAUUUAGCUCAGGCUGAUUUAAACAAGCAAACUGAAACGCUACCCCUGGACUGACAAAAGUCAACAUAUCUUUUUUAUCAUUUUAAAGCGAGGCGAGUUUCUUUAUAAUCAUAAAUUAAAAAAUCAUAUGAUGUUUAAAGGGCAUGUAGUCCAAUAUGACUUUAUCAAAAUGUAUAUACUUUGAUAUAUAAUUAUUUUAGGCAG